AUGGCGUCGAGCACGCGAGUCGCCAAACUCACCAAAAUCUUCGACACCAUCUGUGAUGGGAAAACAGCAAUUACUGCCUAUAAUGGACCACAGUUCAUAGAGGCAAUCUACAGCCAUACCGACCCCAUCGCCUGUCUGAACAAGCUAGCCACCGGCAAGGAGGGCAAGAACGCUCUCCAGAGCGCGAUCCGAUACAAGUUGGAUACUGGGACUUUGAAUGGUUCUUCAGCAGCGCUGCUGAACUUUCUCUCAAACCCAGAUUUCGCUUCCAUCGGCGAGGGACAGCUCCUUCGCGGUAUCGUCUUGAAGAUCGCUGAUCCACCCAUUUUUUGGAAUGCCUUGCAAAAGGCGUUUGUGGAUGGCAAUCUCAACGACCAAGGCUCCCGCGCAUUUGCGUGGUUACUUUUCCAACUUGUUUCACUCCCGAAGGAGUCCUCAGAUUCUUAUCGAUCGGAUGCUCAACUCACUACCAUACUCGCCAAACUCCUCGCCUCAGAUUCCAGGGAGGUCAGGGGUUAUGGCCAGCAGAUCAAGAACGUCCUGGCAACCUAUCAGGAUGUUUCCAAGGACGGAGUUUCUGAAAACUUAGCUAUGGCUCCUCCAGGUGGUCGACACGACAACGACUUCCCCGACUUUCGAAGCAUCGCUAUUACACCGACGCCAGACGAGAUCGCGUGUUCAGAUCAACCAUUCAUACGCCCCAGUGACGCCCUGCUUGAUCCCAAGACCGAGGAUAGGCGCACUGCCAUUCACCUCGACAAUCAGUUCAGAUUGUUGCGGGAAGAUCUUCUCUACGAGCUCCGGGAAGAGCUGAAGCUCGCCGAGUCGGGCAAGCUCAGACGAGCGAAUCGCAUCGAUGGCCUUGAAGCUGUCGACAUCUGGUUCGAACCUGAUCCAAGGCGUCGGUCCAAGUAUGGCAUCCAGCUGAAGCGUAGCAAAGACCUUCCGUUCUUCAAAGAUAUUCUUCCUCAACACCGUCUUAAGCACCUGCAGGACAACCGCAAUUUCCUCAAGCAUCAAUCUCUCGCGUGUCUCAUGUUGGGAAAAGACAUCAUCGCUUUCGUUACGAUUAAUCGCGUCGAAGAUCUGCUGGCCAAAGAGAAGCCGGUCAUCGUCGUCCACCUUGAAGGCAAGGAAGGUACCCUGAAGGCAUUCGAAACCUUAAGGCGAUACCAAGGCCUCACCCUGCUUCAGAUCAACACAGCGCUCUUCGCAUACGAAUUCGUCCUCAAAGCCUUGCAGGAGUCACGCGGAAUCCCUUUGUCCGAGGAACUUUUAUUCUGGAAGGACGGCAGGGAACCUAUCGAAUGUGAUCCCCAGGCAACAAUCGUAGUUGAUGCUCUUAAACGGGACCUCGCCGUAGACCUCCAACCCCUCUUGAAAACAAAGCAUCGCAUCGUCCUGGAUCCCAGCCAAGCCAGAUCCCUCCUAUCCGGCCUGACACAACGAGUUUCACUUGUCCAAGGACCCCCGGGGACUGGCAAGUCCUUCCUCGGGGCCCUGUUAGCGAAAUCGAUCCACGACUACACCAAGCUAUCCAUGCUUGUAGUCUGCUAUACAAACCACGCCCUCGACGACAUUCUGGAGGGCCUCCUCGACGUUGGAAUCCCGGCAGCCAGCAUGGUUCGCCUGGGAGGAAAAUCGACACCCAAAACCGAGCCUCUUUCCUUGCAAAAACAGGCACCAAGUGGCUACUCUCGUGACAGGACCGAGUGGCAAGUGAUCGACGAGUACAAGCAACAACUGGCAGAUUUGGAAGGUCAGCUCGACCGGGCGUUCAAAGACUACAUGCUCACAGCGCCUGGGUGGCGAGAUGUGUUGGAUCACAUCGAAUUUGAGGACCCAGAAUGUUUUAUCGCGUUCCAGGUUCCAGAAACAGACAACGACGGGAUGCAGCUGGUGGAUCGUAGAGGGCGUGCCAUCGGACAAGACUUCCUUCUCACCCGUUGGAAGUCCGGUAACGACGCGGGCUUUCUCAAAGGCCUCCCGAACGUCCGGGAGACCCCCAAUGUCUGGAACAUGCCUUCGGAAGAGCGGAAGCGGAAGUACCAAGAAUGGGUAGAUGCGUUGCAGAAGGAGAAGGCGGAGGCUCUCUACCACAUCGGAAAGACCUACAACGAAACCCAAGAGCACCUCGACCGCGCAUUCGCUGCUCGAGACAUCAAUCUGUUGAGGCAGAAGCGCAUCAUCGGAUGUACGACCACUGCAGCGGCCAAGUACGGAUACUCCAUCCAAACCGCUGCCCCGCAAGUUGUUUUGGUCGAGGAAGCUGGCGAGAUUCUAGAGAGCCACAUAUUGACGGCUCUGGGACGAUCUGCAUCCCAACUCGUUCUUAUCGGCGAUCAUAAGCAGCUGCGACCCAAGGUCAACAAUUACGAGUUGACCGUCGAAAAAGGGAACGGUUACGAUCUCAACCGCUCGCUUUUCGAGCGUCUUAUCCUCGCCAACUAUCCCCACCAAACUCUCUCGAAACAACAUCGCAUGAGGCCGGAAAUUUCCAAUCUAAUCCGGCAACUCACCUACCCCGAACUUCAAGACGACCCCAAAACGAGUAACCGACCCAACAUCACUGGCCUCCAAGAGAAUAUCGUCUUCAUCGAUCACGCUCAUCCUGAAGAGUCGCACGAGCAACUGGCCGAUCGAAAGGAUAUGGCGGCUCCGUCAUCUAAGCAGAACAAAUACGAGGUUCAAAUGGUUUUGAAGAUCGUCAAGUACCUUGGUCAACAAGGGGAUGCGUUGAAGAAGGACAACGACCCCGUUCUGAACGAUCUUGAUUCGCACGAGUUGGUGCGCGCUGGAUUGUUGACGCCUGCCACAGCCAAAGCCGCGAAGAAGCCGCUUCGACUGGCUACCAUCGACAACUACCAAGGAGAAGAAGCAGACAUCGUCAUCAUCUCCUUAACUCGCAGCAACUCUAAUGGCGACAUCGGGUUUAUGUACUCUCCUGAACGACUGAACGUUUUGUUGUCCCGUGCUCGCAAUGGGAUGAUCAUCAUCGGAAACUCGGCGACAUUCAAGAAGUCAAAGAAGGGAAAGGAGUUGUGGACCAAGCUGCUUGACAUGCUCGUUGACAUGAAUAGCUUCCAUAGCGGCCUUCCUGUAUACUGCCCUCGCCAUCCUGAUCGAAAACAGGUCCUCGAAACUCCCGAGCAAUUUGACGAAAAGGUUCCCGACGGAGGAUGUGUUGAGCCCUGCUCCGCCAUGCUGAACUGCAACAUCCACAAAUGUCCUUCAAAAUGUCACCACUUGAGCGAUCAUAGCAAGAUCAAAUGCGACAUGAUGGUCCCUCUCCAAUGUCCCCGCGGUCACAAACUCGCACGCAAAUGCUUCGACACCCUCGUACCCGACUGCAAGUCCUGCAAACGACUCGACGCGGUCCUCCUCAAGAAGGCUCAGGAUGAUCUCAAAGAAAAGGAACGUCGAGAGCAAGAAGAGGCCAAACACCUUGAAGAAAUCGCCAAAAUCGACGCUGAAAUCCAGCGCGAGAAGGAAAAGAGGAGGCGGCAGAAGGAGUUGGAGGACCAGGAGAACGCAAGGAGGCAGAAGCUGGCUGAUUUGGCUGCUUUGAGGGCUACCAGUGAUGCGAGCAGUGUACCGACGGGGUCGGCCUUCAAUCCAAUGGACGAACCGGAGAAGAAGGAUCCUGGAUCAUCCAGCGUAAACAACACUUCCAUCUUCGGUAGGAUUGCCAACCUGGCCUCAAGCGUGGUUUCCCCCAUCAGCACACCGACAUCACCCCCUCCUCAGGCUCAGGCUAAAUCGACGACAACCGCAGCCCCGGCCGGUGGUUCCAAAGACGCUUUCAAGAAGAAAAACCUCUCUCCUUCUGAAGCUGAAUGGGAUCGUCAAAAGCGUUUGGAAGGUGCUAUCAACCCUCACAUCGACAAAAUCGUGGCAAUGGUUGGUCUUGAAGCCGUGAAGCGACAGGUACUCGCGAUCAAGGCUAAGAUUGACACCUGUGAACGGCAAGGCACUUCCUUAUCAAAGGAGAGGUUCAACAUCGUCUUCUUGGGAAAUCCCGGUACAGGGAAAACCACUGUCGCUCGGGAAUACGCAGCCUUCCUAUCGUAUGUCAAAGUACUCCCUGGGAACGAGUUCAAGGAGACCAGCGGCGCCAAACUCGCAAACGAAGGCGUUUCCGGAGCUGAGAAACUGGUCCAGGACGUGCUAAAGAACGGAGGAGGUGCCAUCUUCGUCGACGAGGCCUACCAACUGACAAGCAAGGGCAAUUUUGGCGGCGGUCCCGUCCUCGACUAUCUUUUAACAGAAAUGGAGAACAACGUUGGCAAGCUCGUGUUCAUUCUGGCUGGAUAUACGAAGGAGAUGGAAACAUUCUUCGAGUUCAACCCCGGUCUCAACAGUCGUGUCCCAUACAAGAUCAAGUUCGAGGACUACAAAGACGAUGAACUGAUGACCAUGCUGGAGAACAUGGUUCACUCGACGUACAACGGGAAGAUGAAAGUUGAGGAUGGCAUUCGCGGCCUGUAUGGUCGAGUCGCCAUUCGACGCAUCGGACGACGGCGUGGUACCAAAGGUUUUGGCAAUGCUCGUGAGCUCCAGUCGUUUUUCCAACUGGUUCGCGAACGCCAAUCGGUUCGACUGAACGAGGAGAGGAAGCAAGGGCAACUGGCAGAUGACUUUUUACUCACAAAGGAAGACCUCAUCGGCCCUGAUCCCUCCAUCGCAGUCAAGGAGAGUGAGGCGUGGAAGAAGUUACAGGCCCUCAUUGGAUUGAAGUCAGUCAAGGAAUCUGUUCAGAACCUGGUCGAUUCAGUCAAGGAGAACUAUGACCGAGAGUUGAGCGAGCAAGCACCUUUGGACUUCUCUCUUAAUCGAGUGUUCCUUGGACCACCAGGCACCGGGAAGACGACUGUCGCCCAGCUAUACGGACAAAUCCUGGCGGACAUUGGAAUGCUGAGCAAGGGUGAAGUUGUGCUCAAGAAUCCCUCCGAUUUCACCGGCACGGUCCUUGGGGAGUCAGAAGACAAGACCAAGGGCAUCCUGAACAACUCAGUCGGAAAGGUUCUUGUUAUCGAUGAGAACGUCAACCCGGGUCUGGCAAGGCGUUUCAAGAUCGAGGAAGCCUUCCGGUUUGAAGACUUCAACGACCAAGAACUUUUACAUAUCCUCGAGAAGAAGUUGAAGGACCAAGACCUCGGCGCCACCGAUGUUGGCAAGGCCGUCGCCAUCGAGAGCCUCGCUCGUGCUCGGACCAGGCCCAACUUUGGUAACGGCGGCGAAGUCGAGAACUUGCUUUCCAAGGCCAAACAGGCUUGCUUACAUCGUCGCUCGAAACUACCGUACGACCAGCGCCCCAAGCAUAUCAUCCUCGAGCCGCAAGACUUCGACCCCGAUUAUGACCGGGCAUCGAACGCAACGAAAAAUCUGGAGAAACUGUUCGAUGAUAUCGUUGGGCAUGAAGAGAUCAAGGCAAAGCUAGCCCAAUGGCAGAAGGUUGCCCUUGUUUCCAAGAGCAAGGGCAUGGAUCCUCGAGACCAGGUCCCUACCAACUUCGUCUUUACCGGUCCUCCAGGCACAGGAAAGACAACCAUCGCGCGAAAAAUGGGCCAAGUCUACUACGAUAUGGGCCUUCUCGCAUCCACCGACGUUUUCGAAUGCUCUGCGUCCGACCUAGUUGGGCAGUACGUCGGUCAAACAGGUCCCAAAACUCGUGCUCUUUUCGACAAAGCACUCGGCAAGGUCCUCUUCGUCGACGAAGCUUACCGACUGGCUGAAGGUCAUUUUGCCCAGGAGGCAGUGGACGAACUGGUCGGCCUUCUGACGCAUGAAACCUACAAGGGCAAAGUUAUCGUCAUCCUUGCCGGGUACGACCAGGACAUGAAGCGUCUCAUGCAGUCCAACACGGGCCUCAACAGUCGAUUCCCUGUUUGGGUUCCGUUCCAGAACAUACAUCCCAAGGAUUGCUUGGCCAUUGUUGUUAAACAACUCAAGAAGAGGAAUGUCGUGGCCGACGAGCUGUUCAGCGACCAAUCCAAGACGUACUUUGAUAUGCUUUCCGUCGUCGACCAAAUGUCCACUCUUCCGGACUGGGGCAACGCUCGAGAUAUGAUGGAGCUGUCGAAAGUGCUGAUCAACAAAGCAUUGCUCAGUGACGCCAACGAUCCGGGCGUUCAAGGAAACAGUAAUCAGCUCGUUCUCAGUGGGAAUGACGUGGUUGAGUGCGCACAACAAAUGCUUUCAUCGAGGAUGGAUCGGGCCCGGGUACAGCCCAAGCAACGCAAAGGUUCAUUCUUUGACGCUCCCGUAGCCCAUGCUAACCCCACCCCUCCAACGCCUCCGUCGACGAGUACUGCUACUGGUACGAAGAAAGCUAGUCCGCCUCCACCCCCUCCGCCCACGCAGAGCCCGGCACGCACCCAGACCCGGAAGCGGGGAGGGAAAGCGAAGGGAAAAGCGCCGGUCUCUCCGCCUCAAUCCCCUGUUGCAUCUUCAUCGACACCAAACAACCCGGACUCUACGGGAGACGCACGAGAUCCUGGCGUCUCCGAUGAGAUUUGGGCAGAGCUUCAACGGGCCAAACAAGCUGCCGCCGAUCGUGACAAGCAGGAAAAGGCCAAGAUCGCCGACGCCAUGCGCAAGAAGGCGGUGGAGGAGAAGAAAAAACGAGAUGCUGAGCGCAAGGCUGAGGAGUUGGCACGACAGAUUGCCGCAGCAGAGGAUCAGGCGAGGCGGGCCGAGUUGGAGCGACAACGUAUCGCAGCCAUCGAGAAAGCGGCGAGGCUGGCUGAAGAGGCGAGGCGAAUUGCAGAGCAGUUGAAAAGGGAGCAACAAGCAGCAGCCGAGCGCGCUAGGAAAGAGCAGAUCGCUCAACAGAAGCUUCGUACUAUGGGUGUGUGUCCCGCUAACUAUCGGUGGAUUCCGACGGAUGGAGGAUAUCGUUGCGCUGGAGGUUCACAUUUCGCCUCAAAUGCCGAGUUAGGGUUGUAA